GUGUCUGAGGACAAAUUUGAACUCAGGACAUCUGACUGCAGGCCCAGUGCUCUGUGGUACCCCCAGCUGCAGGAUGCCCAUGUGCCUGCUUUCUCAACUUCACAAAAAUCUUUACAUAAUGAUAAAAUUAUGAGAAGAGAACAGCCAAGUUUGUGCUGUUGAUUUUCUCUGGCAGAGCACAGCUUUAGCUCUAUGACUGACUGAGAGAAGGCAAGAACCUGUUGUGAUUAUUGGUUGUUAUGACCUUCCUCUGAGUCAAUAUCUCCCAUGCACAUUUGGCAUCAUGUGAGAUUCCUUGACAGAUGCAACCUCAGAAGAUCAAUAUCAAAGAAGGCCAAGAAAUGUGAUGCUUCUGCUCAUUCAAGGUCAGUGAUUCAGUCAGUCAACAUUUAUUAAGUACCUACUACUAGCCAGGCACUGUGCUAAGAGCUAAAGGUUUCUGUCUCUGUCCUGGACAAAGUCCCUCACAGAAUCCAAAUAGAAGGGGUCCUCCCUCCAGAUGUAGGACAGUUCUAUGUCUUGCCUCAGGAGGCUGCAGAGCCUCCACUGAUAAAAUCCAGGAAACUCACCUCAUAAUCCACAAGGGAACAACCAAGUGGGAUGAAGGCAGCUGGCUCAUUAGUUUUUAUGUCUUGGACAGAUGAAUGGAACCAAGAAUAGAGGAGAAACACUUGGAAAACUAAGGGGUGUUCCCAAUGAUCCCAAGGCCUAUAUUAAUAUCCAUAGAAUGCUUAAUCCCAAAGAAGGAAUGCCUCCAGUAUAUUGAUGGAUUCAGUUCAAUUCAACAAUCUAUUAAGUGCUUACUGUAUGCAAGGCAGAGAAACUGUGAAGUAUGGGAGAGACUGCUAUACUUGAAGACAACAUCCUGCAUUCAAAUAGCUCUGUGAUUUUGGGCAAGGCACUUAAAUUCUAACUGUUCCAGCCAACUUUCAAAAACUAAUUCCAGUUGCUAAUCUGUAUGGGGGAGGGGGGAUUUCAACGGUGAGUUCUCUACACUAACAGCACCAUUGAAAUCACACCUGAGAACAUAGAAAACAAAGGCCUUGUGUCAGUUGCUCUAUGGAGUAUUUAUGGGAAGACCGAUGACAAGUCAGGGAUACUCACUACUAGUGUUGGCUUGGCUUGACCAUGAGCAAUGACUAUUUCUCCAUCUCAGUAUUUUUUCCAGCUGUGUCCCCAUUCCUGGAAUGCUCUUACUCCUUAUCUCCAGCUAUUGGCUUCCUUGGCUUUUUUCAGUUCCAACUAAAAUCCCACCUCUUACAGGAAGCCUUCCCUGACCCCUCUGAAUUCCAGGGUCUUCUCUCUAGUAACUAUUUCCCAUUUGUCCGCCUAGGUUUGCAUUCGGUCCUCCCCACUAGAGCAGGGACCAUCUUUUGCAUCUUUUUGUAUGCCCAACACUUAGCACAUAGUAGGUGGUUGGGAUGUGUGGAUUGGCUGAUUGACAAGAUUACAGAGCAGCCAGGGGAGGGUGGAGACGAGGUCACCGAGCCUGCCUCCAGCCUCCACGUUCCACUACCAGAAUCCGGCAACGCGUGUCCACAGAGGCCCCAGCCCCCAGAGGGCUGACCACGUGGUUUGGAGGCAGAGGCCAUAGGUUCGAAUGCUCCCAAUGGCUGGCCCGGGCAGGGGGCGCCGUGUUCCAGGCUCCGAGCUGGGAUGGAAUGCCGGUGCCGUUGGCGGACGGCGGCACUGGAACGUCGAGGGCCAGGGAACCGAGGAAGCAUGGGAGGCCAAGCCAGGAAGACUAUGCGUUUGUUCACAUGGAAAAGGAAGCGGACGCCAAAGCCGCCAUCGAGCAGCUCAACGGCAAGGAGGUGAAGGGCAAGCGCAUCAACGUGGAGCUUUCCAUCAAAGGUCAGAAGAAGGGGCCAGCGGGCCUGGCGGCCCCUGGGGAAAAGGCCAAGAAGCCAGGGGCUGGCGACACUGCAUUCCCCGGGACUGGUAGCUUCUCUGCCACCUUUGAUUACCAGCAGGCCUUCGGCAACAGCACCACUGGCUUCGAUGGGCGGCCCCGGCAGCCUUCCCCUCCUUUCUAUGGCCGUGACCGCAGCCCCCUGCGCCGCUCGCCUCCCAGGGCAUCCUACGUCACCCCACUGACAGCUCAGCCAGCUACUUACCGAGCCCAGCCUUCAGUUUCCCUGGGGGCGGCCUAUAGAGCCCAACCCUCUGCUUCCUUGGGUGUCACCUAUCGGACCCAGCCCAUGACAGCCCAGGCAGCCUCCUACCGGGCACAGCCUUCGAUGUCCCUUGGAGCCCCAUACCGGGCCCAGCUGGCUAGCCCUGGCUCUCAGCCUGGGGGAGCUUCUUCACUUGGCCCCUAUGGAGGUGCCCAGCCCUCGGCCUCGGCCCUUACCUCCUAUGGGGCCCAGUCAGCUGCAGCCUCUUCUCUCACUUCCUACGGGGCACAGGCAUCCUCCCUUGCUUCAUAUGGGAAUCAGCCAGCUUCCUAUGGGGUCCGAGCGGCUGCCUCCUCUUACAAUGCCCAGUCGGCAGCUUCCUCCCUGACCUCCUACGGGGCUCAGGCAGCUUCCUACGGGGCCCAGCCUGCAGCAUCCUCCCUGGCCUAUGGGGCCCAGGCGGCCUCCUAUAACACCCAGCCUCCUGCAGCCUCCUACAAUGCUCAGCCCACGGCAGCCUCCUACAGUGCCCAGUCAGGCCCAUACGCAGCCCAGCCAGCUGCUUCCUAUUCUGCCCAGCCUGCUGCCUACGUGGCUCAACCAGCUACUGCUGCAGCCUAUGCAGCCCAGCCAGCUGCCUAUGCAGCCCAGGCAGCGGGCCCCCUCGCAGGCUCCUACGGCGCCCAGCCAGUUGUCACAGCACAGCUGAAUGCAUAUGGCGCUCAAGCCACCAUGGGCCUCUCUGGUUCCUACGGCGCUCAGUCAGCUGCGGCCACUGGCUCCUAUGGGGCGGCAGCUGCCUAUGGCGCUCAGCCGACUGCAGCGGCCCUGGCUGCUCCUUAUCGCACUCAGUCGUCAGCCCCGUUGGGUUCUUCCUAUGCUGCCCAACAGCAGCCUCCCCAGCCAGCUGCUGCUUCCUACCGGGGCCAGCCAGGUGCCACCUAUGAGGGUGCGGGCCAGCCAUCCGCAGCCUACUUGUCCCUGUCCCAAGGGGCUGUUGCCAACGCCGCUACCAGCACCCCGCCGCCCUAUGAGCGUACCCGUCUCUCCCCACCCCGAGACAGCUACGACGAUCCCUACAAAAAGGCCGCAGCCAUCAUGUCGAAAAGGUAUGGUUCCAACCGGCGCUUAGCCGAGCUCUCUGAUUACCGCCGUUUAUCAGACUCGCAGCUUUCGUUCCGCCGCUCGCCGACAAAGUCCUCGCUGGAUUACCGUCGCCUGCCCGAUGCCCAUUCCGAUUACGCUCGCUAUUCGGGCUCCUAUAGCGAGUACCUGCGGGCAGCGCAGAUGCACUCUGGCUACCAGCGCCGCCUGUAGGGCUGUCCUUCGGGUGGGUGGGAGCAGAUCGAGGAGGAGGCGGGGGUAGGAUGGGGAGCCCGUUCGUUAAGAGCGAGUUUUGAGUCCCCUUUCUCCAGUGUGGUUCUGCCCCAGGUUGCCGAAUCUUGGUAGUGUUGCGGCAGUAACCUUUCUUUUGUUCCUCCGCCUCAGCAGUAAGUCUUGCCUUUGGCUCCAGACGGUCGGCUCCCCCUCCCACUUCCCAUCCCUACCCCUGGCCUCCCACCUUUACUGAACAGGAGUUUCUCUUUACGUUUAUCUUUUUCCUGAACUCCCUUGGAUUUUUGUGCGCGGCGUUUGAGGUCGUCUGGACAGGAAGCAGCCCACGGCUGUGGUCAGCGGCGCCUUUUUCUUUUGAGAGAUGAGGGAGGCUGGGGACAGGUCAGUCCCUUUAUUCCCUGUGCUUCCUUGACCCCAUCCCUGCCCGCACACCGCUUCGGAGGUGGGGUUCCUGGUGACUGCGAGCAGAGCUGAUUUUUGAGCAGCACCCCCUGCCCCUCAUUCCCCAUCUUCCCCAAGUAGGGAGUGUUAGAAACCUCAUUUUUUUUUUCUUUUCCCCUUUUGUAUGGACUAUGAAUAAAACUUGGGGCAAUUUGCAGUUUGGAAA